AUGCGCAGGGACGUGACGCGUGCCUGCGGCAUCAUCGGCGUGUCGACGCAAGAAAGCGACGCCAACCUGGAGAUCUAUGAGGGCUUGCUCAUGCUGCAGCACCGUGGCCAGGACUCAGCCGGCAUCGUGACCACGGACCGCACCCGCUUUCACGAGCACAAGGGCAACGGCCUGGUCAAGGACGUGUUUGACAGCCAGGACGUCCUGGGGAAGCUGACAGGCAGCACCGGGCUGGGGCAUGUGCGGUACCCCACGGCCGGCUCGUCCUCGGUGCAGGAGGCGCAGCCCUUCUUCGUCAACUCCCCGCUGGGCAUCUACCUGAUCCACAACGGCAACCUGACCAACACGGACGCGCUGCGCACGCUGCUGAACAGCAGCACCUCCUUCUUCAACCGCUGCAUGCGCACCAGCUCCGACUCGGAGGUCCUGCUCAACGUGCUGGCGGACGAGAUCCACCGCGCCCACCAGCGCUGCCUGCUGGAGGACGCCUGCGACCCCAACCGCAAGAAGCUGGACCUGGUGGCCGAGGCCGUGGCGGCCACCAUGAAGCUGAUCCAGGGCGCCUACUCCUGCAUCGCCCUCAUCAACGGCGUCGGCCUGCUGGCCUUCCGGGACCCCCACGGCAUCCGGCCGCUGGUGCUGGGGAGGCGCGUGGGGCGGCGCGGCGAGGAGUGGUGCGUGGCGUCCGAGGACUGCGCCUUUGGCCCCAUCGGCUACGAGCGCGUGCGCGACGUCGCGCCCGGGGAGAUGAUCCUGAUCGACGACGGCGGGAACCUGGUCUCCCGCCAGUGCACGCCGCUGGUGCCCGCGACGCCCUGCAUCUUCGAGUACAUCUACCUAGCGCGCCCCGACAGCGUGCUGAACGGCAUCUCGGUCUACAACUUCCAGCUGGGCCUGGGCACGCGCCUUGCGGCCAGCAUCCGCGCGCGCGGCUGGGACAUUGACCUGGUGUGCCCCGUGCCCGACGGCUCCCGCCCCGCGGCCAUCCAGAUCAGCGCGGAGCUGGGGCUGCCCUACCGCGAGGGCCUGGUGAAGAACCGGUACGUGGGCCGCACCUUCAUCAUGCCCAGCCAGCGCCUGCGGGAGGUGUCGGUGCGGCGCAAGCUGAACGCCAUGCCCGCGGUGUUCCAGGGCAAGUCGGUGCUGCUGGUGGACGACUCCAUCGUGCGCGGGACCACGAUGCGGCAGAUCGUGGACAUGGUGCGGCGCGCGGGCGCGGCGCGCGUGUACCUGGCCAGCGCCAGCCCGCCGGUGCGCUACCCCAACGUGUACGGGGUGGACAUGCCCAACCGCGGCGAGUUCGUGGCGCACACGCUGAGCGAGGAGCAGGUGUGCGGCGUGCUGGCCGCAGACGGGCUGGUGUACCAGAGCGUGGAGGACCUGGUGGGGGUGGGGCGCGAGCUCAACCCCGCCAUCCAGGCCUUCGACGACUCGUGCUUCACGGGGCGCUACGUCACGGGGGACAUCAACGAGACCUACAUGCGCAACCUGGAGGAGGCGGGGCGGGGGAAGGACCGCGGCUUCAAGCGGGCGGGGAGGGCGGGGGCGGGGGACGCGCCCGCCACCAUCAUGGCGUGA